CACUUUAAACAUGGCGGCAGAUUUGGGUGUAAUAUCUUGACAAUUAAGGUCUCCUACAAGCUGAUGCAAUAUGCCAGUGUAUGUUCCCUACAAAGAUUUAUUUCAAGACUAACCAGAAGUUGAUGAUGUUGAGAGUCUUAGGCGCUUGUAGGUGAGUUGAUUACGUAAAUUCCUCCAAGUUUAGUACCAGCUAAGUUGACCUAUAAAAUCUAAAACUGAUAUUUUUCGUGGGGUGGGUCUAGAUUAGGGACAUCGUUUCGUGGUCUGACGAAUGAUAACUUAAUGAGGUACUCUUUUGUAAAAAAUAGGCGAUUUGUUUCUUUUGUUGGUGGAAAACGUGGAGUUGCCUUCGUGAUCCCCUAGUUUGGAUUGAACUUCGUACAUGAAAGCAUAUACAUUUGUACAGAUUUGUAUUAUGCAUGCGAUCCCUAAAUGUUUGAUCGAUAUGGACCAUUAGUCAAUAUCUGUAGAAAUACUAAAUAACUUUAUUCAUAACGCGAUAGAAUUACAAAAGUGUUUGAAGUUGAUUUGAACGAAAUAUUGAUAAAUUUGAAUUACAUGGCCAGAAGUUCACCACACUUAGGUAAUAAGAGGCGUACAUUUAUUAUUUAAUUAAAUAAAGUACAAAAAAUACUGCCCCAUGAUUUAAGAUUGGUAUGUUUAUUAUAUAGCAUUUCCCUUAAAUUUAAGUGUUUUAUUUAUAAAUGUGGGCUGAAUGAGUCACAGAUAGAGACAACAACAGCAACAAAUCUUUUAUUGCUCACUAAAAUGGUAUCACAAUGAAAUAAGACAAUUAUCUCUAGUUAACAAGAAAAAUUGAAAAAAAAUUUUAAAUUUCAUAGAGGCUAGAUGAGCCAUUAGGGUUUCAAGCUAGUCCCUAUCUGAUUAAAGUCAGUUUUAAAUAAUAAUAAGAAAAAGAUCAGUAAGAGAGAAAUAUUUAACCAGACAUAAUAUAUAAAAUGUAGUACUACUAAUUGAGACAGGUACUCUGAUUUCUGUUCAAGUGACUUGUGAUGUUCUGACAGUAAAGAGAAGUUGCUGUUCUCCUCCUGAGUCUAAAUGAACAUUCAUUUGAGUUUGAAUCCUUUUUUUUUCUUUUUUCAGCCUUCACUGUGAACAAUGUUUAAAAAGGAAAGCUACAGAGAGAGCUGAGAUUUUUCUCUCAAAAUAUGUUGCUUCAGGGAGAUGUAUCAAUUAUCAUAAAAACCACAUUCACACUUUGUUAAAUUUGAGACAAAGGAACAUUCAAACAUUUGUCAGAAUGCCCUAUGGAAUGUUCCCUGUUGCCACACGGAUUCUUAUAAACAGGGGUCUGAAAGGAGAACGCUUGUUUACUACAGGGAUCUUGAGGGCUAUGAUGCGAGUAACAAGAGUAAGGUAUCUUCUUCUUGGCACAGCAGGUGCAGGAGGUAUUGCUGCAAAAGUGGUGAGUUAUUGGUUCUUAGCAAUGAAUUUUGAUCUUCUUCAUUAUAGUGUUAUUGAAUUGUUUUUAUUUUGAAUUGUUCCAUCCAAGCCCAAAGGUUUAGAAUGCCUGCUUCCUAAAUCCAUCAGGGGUUCUUUGAGCACUUAACCCUUUAUCUCCCAGAAGUGAUUAACAUAGAACUUCUCCUAUAAUAUCCAUGCAUCAUCCUGCAAACAGGUAUCGAGAAAACUCCAACUUAUUGGGUGGAAGUUGUUAUUUUGAUCUAACACUAAAUUCUUAUAACUGAUUUACAAGGAAAUGUGUCGUAGCUAGAGGGGAGAAUUAAUAAUCAGAUCUUGGGAGUUAAAGGGUUAAGCUGCACUAGGUUCAGAAAGUAGGAUAUCCUGAGAGAACAAUUUUAUUUAGCUAGCAUAACUAGUCCUCUUUCAACUUAGACAUAUGAUUCCUGGAAGGACAAGUGGCUAAAAUUUCAAGAAACAUUACCUGAAUUUAGCUGGUUGAAAGAUCUGCGAGAAAAUCUACCGGACUGGUCCAAUACAUUUUCAGAAGGUAAUUUAAAAUUAUGAAGUAAAUAUGUUAAAAAUUCUAAAAAUUAGUUUUUCAUGCAAAGAGUUUCAAUCAUCUUCCAUGUGCCAUUCUUUUGGUUCUCAUAUUAUUUCCAUUUAUUUUGUUUUUAUGUUAACUAUUAGGCUCAGAUGCCACUCGCAGCCUUGUUGAGAGCUUUAAGGAUUUUGUGGAUGAUUUUUGGUCUUCAGGUAUAAUGCAUGCAGCUGUGACAAGUUUAAUAUCAUUCUUAUCAUCAUCAUCAUCAUCAUCAUCAUUAUCGCAGUUGUUGAUACCCUUUUGUGAGAAUGGACACUCUGUUGUUUAGCACUAAUUUAUGAUACUUGCAAGAUGUGAAAAUGAGUGAUAGUUUAUCAUGUGAAACUAUUUUGUACUACCAACAUUGAUGGUAAUGUAGGUAAUAAUUAUUGUGACUGAAAAGCCUUAUUGAAAGGAGUCUCAAUUAAGUAUGUAUGUCAGUAGGUUGGUCCACUUUACCAUCUGUAAAAAUCUAACUUUUUAGUACUAGUGUCUUGGUUUUUGUGUCCAAUCUUACAGACUGGGCCAUAACAAUUCAGAAACUGAGAUGAAAGGUUUAAGGUUGUUUUUUGUUCAUCUUGGUAGCCAUUGGCUAUAAAUUUAUUUGUGGUGGAUCAGUACCCAUGUGAUGUACUUCACAUGUAGCUUGAAAGGACAGUUUGAGAUUGGGUACAAGAGUUAAAGGAAAAAUUUGAAAAGGACUGCUAAGGUACCAGGCUUAUAUAAGGAAAUCCUUAUAGUAAAAAAAGUGAGUUGUCUUUAAGUUUUGUCUUUUCUUUGUGUCAGAAGUCAGCCCUCCAGUGGUGUCUGCUGCUAUUAAACAAGAAAAUGGUGAAAAGACAUCAUCACCAAAGAAAACAGCUAUGGAAAAGGUAACUACUCAACCUCUGUUACAGCAGUGUGUCCGUAAUUAUUUAAAAAUUCUAUUCCUUGUUGGAGACAAUUCACUGGAUUUAUGUGAAAAUGCAGUGGUUCCAUCCAUGACUGGAGAGGUAGUGAUCUCAGAAUAGGUGGUGUUGUGUUGGUUUGCUGUUAAAGUUCUGUUGAUAAGUUUGGGUAAUAUUUCAUUGUUGUCCUUUUAUCAAAUGCCCAACCUUGAAUAAGCACCCACCUUGAAUAAAUGCCUACCCUGAAAAAGCACCCAUUUUGAAUAUGUACCCAUGUUGAAUAAGUGCACACCCUGCAGGUAGGAAAAGUUAAUGGGCAACUAAGAGGAGUAUUGAUUAUUUUUUCUUUACUGGCUUGCCAUCUUAAAAUUUUCUGCUUAUGUUACAUCUUUCUGUUUAGUCAUUAUUGAUUUUUUUGUUGCUAUUUAAAAUUAGAAUAUCUGCUAAAAAUAGUGAAAAUUUUAAAGGUGCCCAGUCUUGAAUAAGCACCCACUCUUAACGCCCAUAAAUUUGAUAAGUGCUUGGGAUGCUAAAUUAAGUGAAUAUGGUAUUUGACUAAUGUUUAUUGGUCAACUAAGGUUUUAUAGCAAUAAAGUACUAUUCUUUUACAUUAAUUUCAAGUGAAAGGUACGUAAUGGUUUUUAAUGUUGACACAACUCUACAAUUCUUCAAAUGACAGAUGCAAGAGCGUUUAGAGAAAUCUCAAGAAGAACUUAUUGAAAUGCAGGUUAGACCACAUUGAUUGAUCACUGUUUCCUAUCAAACAAGAGAGAUAUGAUGGCUGCACCUUUAACAGGCUGGACUCUAUGUUCAAGAGGUCCAGGGUCAUUAGAGAGUUUUAGAUCCAUGUUUGGUGUUUUCACCACAAACAUCAAACCACAGUCAGCAGUUUGUGGUUAGAAGUUAGAAGUUUUGAGACUUUCAGCUUUUUAGAUUAACAUCAGCUUUCACCUGAAAAAAAAUCAACAUGUGCGCCGCCAUCUUGAAUUAUACAAAGGAUGGAGAUCCUUCAUUUCAAACACAAAAUAUGGCUAAAAGAUUGGUUUUCAAGCUUCCCAAACAUAUUGGUUAUAAUAAAAAGAUUUCACCUCACAUAUGUUUAUAGGACAUAUGUGAGAACUCUUGAACAGGAAUAAAAAUAACGUCAAGGGAGUUCAACUACCUGAAACUGCCUUGCUUGAAGUUUAAAUGUAGACGGCAAACGGUGAACAUGACAACUGAAGUCUGGACAAGUGACUCCCAGCAGUUUGCAGUCACAUGCAUUCAGAAACAAAUGUCACACGCAUUCAGAAACAAACGUACAUCUUAAACUCUCUAUUGUGUUGUAUUCCUGGGCAAGACCCUUAACUUCAAUUGUACCUCUCUCCAAUCAGGAGUUUAAAUGGGUAAUGCUGAUUUAUCAGGGAAAGCUAAUGAAAUGCCUGAGGGUAACCCAUGAUUGACUUCACUGGAAAUUACCAUUCAGGGGCAGCAGUAAUACUCCCUGUCACUUCAUGUUACAGAAAUCAGGGCACCUAAGCUCAGGCACAGACUUAACCUGCCUAUACCUCUAUAUCAAACAGACUAAGACUGAAUCUGCAAACAAAGCAUCAUUACAAAUUUCUCAAUGUUCACAAUACAACUUUGAUUAACAGACCAAGCUUGAUUACCCUAAGCAGAGGGAUUUAUUAAGGGUGUUUUAGUGGGUGUACUGGUACCUGUGAGGUACUCUUCCUACCUAAUAACUUAAAAGAAGUUUAAUUGAAAUAAAUGUUUAAUUUCUCCACAGCAAAGAUAUCAACGAGAGAUCGAAAAGCUUGAACGAGAUAAUAGAGAGUUGCGAAAACAAGUUAUCAUUCUGAAGGGUGACAGCAUGCCAACCCCCAGAAAGAUAAGGGUAAGUUUAGAUAUUUCCUUUUCUAUUUUUGGUAAAGGUUAACAAAAAGUGAAAAUCCUCCAUGUCAAACUAAAGGUUUCAAGUGAAAUUUAAAAAAAAGUCCUUCAACCCUUCAACUUCCAUGAGUGACCAUUGACAGAAUUUCUCCUCCUAAUAUCAACACAAUGUCAAGCAGACAAGUGAUGAGAAUAUACAAAAAUAUCAGCAAGGGGAUGAUUAGUUGAUUGUAUGGCCGAGAGACAGAUGAAUUACUAAAUAAACAAUAUCUUGGGAGUGAAAGCUCAGGUGAAUUAAUAGUUAUAAGAAUAAUUUUAUUGUGUGAGUUAUUAUUAAAGUUGUGUGUAAUGCACCUUCUAUUGAACACUGUGUGGGGAUCAGGACUAUUGAGAGAGUUCUAUUUAUUUUCUGUGUCGCUUUCUUUCUGUCAGAAAUCUUUGAUUGACAUGUAUUCUGAUGUUCUGGACUUGCUCUCAGAGUAUGAUGUGAGCUAUAACACCACAGACCAUCUUCCAAGGGUGAGUCGCAAUCUGUGAUAUACCUUUGAAACGACUUUCUCAAGUUGUGAAAGAUUCCUCUUACUUUAUAUUCAUUAACCUGCAGAGCAGUUGUAGUUUUGGCGAGCUAGUGCUAAGUGUUACCUGGUGAAAAUUAUUGCUGCCAUAUUUUAUUUGUACUGCAGCAACAGGCUGGGAAGGGAAAUAAAUUUUUUCUAAGGGGGUGAGUGACAGUCAAAAGGAAGGAGAGGGGAGGGGGUGGUGGAGUGGAAACUACACAUGUCCAAGGUCAUUGUUCUUUUGUUAUGAUGGUUUUCAGGUGGUAGUGGUUGGUGAUCAAAGUGCAGGCAAAACAAGUGUCUUAGAAAUGAUUGCCCAAGCUAGGAUUUUUCCUAGGUUAGUUACAUCUUUUAUGCACAGUAUUGUAAAAUGGUAAUAGCUUCCUUUUAACCAUUCAGUAACUUUCUUUUCACUGUACAUGUGCUUUAAGUACAACUUUAUGUAUGAUCAUUGCAAUAUUUUAGCCAAAAGGGUUUGGUACUGAUUCUAACAGGUUGCGAUGGUAAUUGUCCUCAUUUUGAAUUCUGUUACAGAGGUUCUGGUCAGAUGAUGACAAGGUCACCAGUCAUGGUAAGAAUGGGUCAACUACUUCAGAAUAGCUACAGAACAUCCUAUUUAUUUUGAGGGUUUUCCAGUUCAACCUUUACUGCUGUUCAAAGGUUGGAUAAUGCUUUAUACAGGAUGAAUCUUUAUCAGAUAGAUAUCCCAUUAUAUUUUGUUAACACUUGUCCCUUGAUAAUUGUUUUAUCCAUUGGAUAGCAUUAUCUACCCUUUGUACAACUGGGCUUUGUAGCAUGUGAUAAGCUUAUCUAUCAAAAUAUAUUUAUUUUAAUAAAUGAGUGGUACUACUCAGAACAAAAUUUUGUGACAAGUGUUGUGACAAAUCAGCAUAUAUACAUGUAUGAUGGAGUACGUUCAUUUAUGAUGAGUGAAUUUUUUUUGCUCUUAAAAUAACUAUGACUAACUCAUCAGUUAUUGUGUUUUGUAUUACUUUAGGUGACCUUGAGUGAGGGACCUAAUCACAUGGCACAGUUCAAGGGAAGUACUCAUCAAUAUGACCUCACACAGGAAAACGAGGUUAGUUGCUGUUGACAAAGAAUUAAGAAUAUUUUGAUUUGGGAUAAUUAACUCCACCCAAUCUUGUGCUCUCACUUAAUACUAGGUGAUAAAUGUUAAUGAAAUAGGGCUUCUUAAUUAUAGCAUAGUUUGAAUCUUGCAGCUCAAAGCUCUGAGGCAGGAAAUCGAAAUGCGAAUGCGGAACAGUGUUCAACAUGGACAGACAGUUAGUCCUGAGGUGAGUAAUAUUUUUUUACAAUCAUUGUUUAUUUUAUGAUGAACCUCUGAUUUUAGUUAAUGGUAUUUUAUUCUUAUGUCGAUGUUUAUUUUAGGUGAUAUCUCUGAGUGUGAAAGGCCCAGGACUUCAUCGCAUGGUGCUGGUUGACCUUCCAGGAAUUAUUGGGGUGUGUUUUAAUGGAUUCAUUUUUUCUCUUUUUUUUCUUUAACUACUGCUAUGGUAAAUUUUGCUUGAAAAGAUGUUAAGCCACAAGGAACAAAAUUUUUUCUUUAUUUAUUUUCAUUUUGUAUAAUUGAAUGGCAAGAGUGAAGAGAACAUACUAUUUUAUUUUUCAGACAAUCACAGCUGGAAUGGCAGAAAACACAAAGGAUGACAUUGUUGAAAUGAGCAGGUUGGAUGUCGUUCACCCUUUAACUCCCAUUAGUGACCAGGACAGAAUUUCUCCUCACUAUAUCUAACAUGCAGACAAGUGAUGAGAAGAAAGGAAAUAGCAAUUAUCAGAUUACUAAUUGAUCUGAUACCAAAUUCUCCAAACUAACAUAAUGAAGAUUAUUUGGUAGACAGUAAGGAGAAUUACUAAUGAGAUCUUGGGAGUUAUAGGGUUAAGGAACUUUGCAGUUAAUUUUUCUGUGAUUUUAAUAAUUUGUGAUUUUACAUUUAAGCUUCUACAAAAUUUAAUGUUACAUGGUUUUGUGUUGCAAUCAAAGCAAUUAUAAUUUGUGAGAAGUGGUAACUUCAAGAAUUACAUUCGAGAGCUAUGGAUUUAAACAUCCUCUUUGAAUAAUUUCAGGAAGUACAUGCAGAACCCAAAUGCAAUAAUCUUGUGUAUUCAAGGUGAGAAGCAGCUUACAUUUGGUAAAAGGUAGCUGAUAUUUAGAAAACAGAAUUUUGACUUGAGUUGUGUUUUGUCUUACUCAAAGUUUUGUAAGUUAAUGGCAGUGCUUCUUGAAUACUGUGAAAUGUAAUGUUUGUGUGUCAAACAGAUGGCUCUAUCGAUGCUGAAAGGAGCAAUGUUACUGAUUUAGUGAGCAGCAUGGAUCCAGCAGGUAUGUAAAAAAAAAACAGUGGUAAUUCAUUAAUAUACUUCAAAUUCUUAAAGUCCUGAGAUCUGAUUUUAAAUUCUCCCCUCUAGCUGCUACACAGUUUCCUGUAAAUUAGUUAUAAGAAUUUGCUGUAAGAUCCAGAUAACAACUUCUACUAAAAUGUUUGAAUAAUCUCACCACUUGUUUACUGGAUAGUGUAUGGAUAUUUUAGGGAGAAGUUACUUGUUAAUCACUUCUGGGAGUUGGAAGGUUAAAAGCAAGUCAAGGUUGUUCUCAUAUGAGCAAAGGAAAAAAACGCUGGUAGAUGAAUUACAAUUGUGGGAGCAGUUUUUUUUUUCAGCCAGUUACUCUGUGUUACAAAAUGCGAUUUUCUGUACUUCUACAGGGAAAAGGACAAUCUUUGUGCUGACAAAAGUAGACUUAGCAGAGCAGAACGAUGCCAACCCCAGCCGGGUAGGAAUGUUUGACAUUUGGUGAGAUUUUCAAUCUCUCCGAACUCAGUCCAUUUUGAAUCACUAACUGAUGCUGUUAUUUCAUCAUUAGAUUAAACAAAUACUGGAAGGCAAGCUUUUCCCAAUGAAAGCUUUGGGCUACUUUGCAGUUGUGACUGGAACAGGUGAGUGAAAAUAUUUCAGUCAAUCAAGAUGCUUUGAGUUAAUCAGAUAGUCGUUUAAUCGCUUCAACGAUAGGGAAAUGCUAAAAAAAUAACUGCUCGUUGGCUGUUCUAAUUUUGGCUGUAUUUAAUGCACUUUCAGGUAAUACCAGUGAGGGGAUUGACGCCAUUCGUGGCUAUGAAGAAGAAUUCUUCAGACACUCCAGACUUUGCAAGUAAGUGUCAAUGUUGUGAGCAUAUAAGAGCAAAGAAGUAAACAUAGAGUACCGCUCUCGUGUACAGCAGUAUUGCACGCGUUUGACGCGCGUGUAAUUUCCUCGCACUAGACGCGGGAAAUACGCACAUCGCACGCCACGACAUGCACCUGCGUGUGAUAACAAAUGCUCGUAAGAGAGUGUAAAACACGUGUUAAUUAAAAUAUAUUAAAGUUCACACGGCAACCAGGUGGACAAUCAGACAUAGUUUGAUGCUACACUGGUUUGCAGAUUUAAUGAAUGUAACCGAAGAAGUUACAAUUCAUAGACCCAACGUUUCGACACUCCUGUCUAGUGCCUUCAUCAGGGGUGAAUGUGUUAAUUACUCAAAAUCAGUCAAAUAGAAGUCAUUAAAUGCGUGCACUGACACAAAACUGCGUGUAAUGGGACAAAAAAAGAUUGGAUUCCUUGCGAAUUUAAAAUGCUUGCGUCACGACGAAAAGAUCAAUUUUCAUUGCUUCCGCUGGAAGGUUAUUAACAAUAACAACAGUAUGCCUCCAAAAAUAUCCUUGAUGUGCAAUAAUCGACUAUUAUCUCCUGUUAUAAAUGUUGUCUAUUAUUUGCACUAAUUGCUUCGCAAAUUUUGUUUUUUAAAUAUUUCGUGGUCAUUUUUCAAUUUUUUUUUGUCUUAUUAUAAAGGUCUGGAGUUUUCAAAGCCUGUCAAAUGACGACGCAAAACCUAAGCUUUGCUGUUUCACACUGCUUCUGGAAAAUGGUGCGAGAAUCGAUUGAGCAGCAGGCAGAUUCAUACAAAGGUAUGAACCCUUUACACCCUAACAUCAGUAUGCAUAUUCUCCAUACUGUUCUUUAUACAUUUCCUAAGGUGCUGACAAGGAGAAUUUGUUGAACAAUCAAGAGCUACUUCAGUUGGUGAUCAUUCCCUUUUAUUCUCAUGACCUCAAUAUGUGAUUCAAGGGUGAUAUUGUAAGGAGAAAUUAGAUGCUAGUCACUCUUAGAGGUCGAAUGGUUAAGUCCCUACAUUGCGAAUUGUACUGGGCCUUUUCGAUAUUUGUUACUGGGAGUGAAUACGGGAACAGCGGAGCCGUGAGUAGAAUGAGGGCCGGAAAACUUCUCUUUUUCCUUCCCUGUCUUUUGUCUUUGUCGUAUUUCAGUCACUGAAGAGAAGAAAUGGAAAAUGAUUGUGUGUGUUUUUUUUGUUUCUUUCAGCGAAACGGUUCAAUCUUGAAACGGAAUGGAAAAACUGUUUUCCGAAGCUGAGAGAGUUGGACAGGGUAAGUUUUGGUAUUGAAAAUUAGUUUUGUGUAGCGUGUUCCAUGUAUACUACAGGUUUGCUUAUACAAAAGGGCUGCAUCUGGUGUAAAAUAAACCCGCGGCAUGGAGACGCUCUACAAAAGAAUUGAUUAAUUUCGGCAAAUCGUCGGAUGUAACCGAAAAUCUUACCGAAUAAUUCCAACCAAUCAGGAUUAAAACAUAGCGUUACAGCAAUACUUUGGCGCCAUAAUUUUGUCGGUAUGUCGUAUGCACCAGAAAUUCCGUCCCUUCCCGUCGCGUGCAAGUCGCGUCUUCUCCAAGCUCCGAAAUAAUUAGGACCCUUUAAACUAUCUCUAAUUGAACGUCGCCCUUAAAAAUCUUGUUUUCUAUAGAAUGAGCUGUUUGAUAAAGCUCGUAACGAAAUCCUGGAUGAAGUGCUUACCCUAAGUGAGAUCACGCCACAGAUGUGGGAGGACAUCAUCACCAAACACUUGUGGUCAGCAGUGUCUUCUCACUUCAUAGAAGCCAUCUACUUGCCUGCUGCACAGGCGGAUAAUCCAAGCAAUUUUAACACGUCUGUUGACAUCAAGCUGAAACAGUGGGCCGACAGGACACUGCCUGAUAUUUCUGUCAAGGUAUACACAAUCUGUUAAUCUUUUCACUCUCGAGAUCUCAUCAGUAAUUCCCCCCAGUAAUUGAGAUUUUCUUUUAUAUUCUCCCCACUUGUCUGCUUGGUUAUAUAUUGAUGUUGUGAGGAGAAAUUCCAUGUUGGUCACUCAUUGGAAUUACAGGGUUAAUCCUGUUACUCUUAAAAGUGACCAAAAAGUAAUUUCUCCUUACAAUAUCGGUACAUUAUCAACCAAACAGUUGAUGAGAUGAAAUACAAAAUUAGCUCUUGAAAUUGAAUUGAUUUAACACUAGAUUCUCAGAACUAACAUGAUAAAAAUUGUGCAAUCGGCAGUGGGGAGAAUUGCGUUUGGCUUCUCAAGGGGGAAAGGAGCAAUAAGGCAGUGCCCUAUCAACAAAAUGAAAAUAUUUCAGAAUUUCCAACAUUGUAAAAAUGUUGAUAAAAAUGACAGCAUCCGCUUAGAGUUACAGUGACAGAUAGAAAAACGUACGAAGUGCUAAUGUGGACUUCAAAUUUGAAGGACACACCACGCCAUUUUUAAGGGUUUUUUAACCCGAAAAAUUGUAAAACAAGAUAAAAAUAAUGGCUUGUUGUGAUCGAGAAACACUUCAGAGGUAGAAUGAACUAAAAAGGAACAUGUGAUGGACAAAUAUUGAAAAGAUUGACCUGGAUUUAAAUUUAUGAAUUUGAAACUUUUAGAAGACAUUCUGUAAUUGUGACGUUUUGUCUCUAAGUAUUUGUGUCAUCGGAAACUUUUGAUUGUCACUGUUAGGUUGGUUGGGAAACACUCUUUGAAGAAUUCUCCAAAGCUAUGCAGGUGACUUAAUUUUUUUUUUCCUAUCGACUUUUGAAGCAUGCUUUCGUUCCCUGUUUUAAAUUGUGCAAGCUGUGUAUUGUUUACAGGAACAGAAGAAUGAUAAAGACGGGCAUAGCCACUUAUUCGAGAAACUCAAAUCUGAACUAUCAGAUGAAUGCAAAAGAAGCCAUGUGUGGCAGUCAAAAGCCGUAGAUAGUCUGGUGAGUUGUGAAGCUUAUAGUGGAGCUCGCAGAGCGUAGCCCCAUAAUUAUACAAAAUAGUAGUAACCCAUGAAGCCGAUAAAUUUGGACGUACGACCGUACAAGGUGCUACUUUUAACAUGCGUGGUCAAUUGUACCGCGGGAAAAAAAAUGCGAGCUCCGCUUUUAGGCUUGGCUAAAUCUAUAUAUUACAAACAAAUUAGUUGUAUUAACGCGAAUUACCGAGCUGCAUCUGAUUGGUUAAUACGUUAAGGCGAGUUUUCAAGGCUAAUAGCAGAGCGUUUAAAGCAAACCCAAUACAAAUUGCUUUACAACUGCAAGUAAAUGGAAACUGCUUCUGUGUUAAUAUGUAGCCCUUGUGUUCCUUUCAGCGAGUAAUUCAGCUGACAGCACUUGAAGACUGGUCUGUGAGUGAGAAACAACAAUGGGACUCUGCAGUGAAAUUCAUGGAAGGAACUUUGCAAGAAGAAUUAGACAAAGGUAUCAAAACAAGCACGGAUACUUUGUUUUUCUCUUCACAGUGGUGAUAAUGUUUGACUACCUAUCUUAAGCAGGAUUAAGCUUGCCGGCUACAAAUGGUUUUUAUCACCUUCGAGCCGGCAGAAUAGAUGUUAUCUCAACUUUUUUUAAGAAUUCAGAGGACGAGAGACGCGCGCGUUUCCCCCCUCGUGCGCGUCUCGCCUUGUGUGAAGGAAACAGGAGAAAGAACUGUUUGCCUCGGGGGAAGCAAGUAGGUUACUUGUGAGAAGUAGUUCUUUGUCACGGAGGAGUACCGUAGUAGUAGUUGUAGUCCCUUUAUAUUAUGGAAACCGAGGUGAUCCGUGACAGUGAUCAUCUUUUCAGACAGUCUGUAAAAAAACUUUUCAUGAUCAUUUCAGCAUCUAAGGAAAUGUAUGACUUGCUUGGUCCUGGAAGGGCUGAGAGAUGGUUUUACUGGAAAUACAGAAGCAGAGAGCAAGUAAGUCAUCGUUAUGAAUUGUGGACAGUUGUCCCCCUUAAAUCCGAAAUCGGGCUAAACCGCCCGAAAUGGAACAUAGGUGUCCUAAAUUGGAAAGAACCUUUCGAAAUCAAUGGAUGGUCUCCAGUUAACACCAGAAGUUCUUUCGUCAAUCAGGCGAUUUUACCUUGUUUCAUCUUUUCCCGGUGGUUGUCUUCAUUAAUCUUCUCUUUGCUUAUUCGCUCAAUUUCCUUUUGAAGAAGUUGAGCUUUUCAAAAUCGGAAGAAACCGUCUGAAAUCCGACGCAAGUGCGUAAAAUAGGACGAUAGCCUCUGAAAUCGGACGUCCAAUAUCAGUCUAAUUUGUCGUGUCUGAAAUCAGGUGGAAGUGUUUUAAUACGAUAAAAGUGUCAGAAAUCGGGAUUAAGUUUCUGAAAACGGACUAAACGUUUGAGAACGUAGUCGUACGAUAGCGUCCGAAAUCGCAAAUCAGCGUCCAAUAGAUGUCUAUGGGGUUUCUUGAAUGAACUGGAACUUAUUUUGUCUUGUCUCAUGAGCAAAGGAAAGAGGCGUAACAACUUAUUGUUUUUAUUUUUAUUUUUAUUUUUAUUAUUAUUAUUACUUAAGCAACACCGUUCCUAUAUAAAGGACGAACUCCAGAGGUUGCUCCAAGCAAACGAGGUAAGCUCAGCUUUAUUGAGAACGAAUUUAAAUGUUUUCUUAUUUUUCUCUCACUUAAACCGUUUGCAUGAAAUCCUCUCCUACUCUUCCCCCCCCCCCCGAGCCCCGAGUUAGUAUUCUUAGUCCAAUUAUUGAAUUUUCUUCUUUCCUGGAACAGCGUAAAAACAUCUUGUUUGCGUCAGAAAAGUUUCUGGUCUGUUAUGUGCGAUUUUUCCCAGUCUUUCUCGUAUUACUAAUUUCCAUCGAGUUCUGUUUUCCUCUUCAAUUUAGAUAAUUGGCUCACUAAUUUCUUUCUCGCUUCAUUUUCAUUAAGUCAACAAAAGGCGAAACUGUUCUCUUUCAUAACAAGGCAUUCUACGAAUCAGUUUGCCUUUGAAAAAAGAUUUAACUUUGAUAAGAAAUUCGCAACGUUUGCUCCCAAGCUCCCCUUUGAUCUAGAAGAGAGAGGACUUUGGUAACAAGGUUUGGGAAUUCGAGACGACAAGCCACUAAAUGUUCGAAGGAAAUUGAAAAGGAGCGUUACACGGUAGAAGAUGCAAUUCUUUGUAACCCUUCGAACUGUAAGAGUGACCAGCAUCCAAUUUCUCCUUAAAACAUCACCCCUGAAUCAAGCAUUAAGGUUACGAGAAUAAGGCAAAUGAUCACCAUCUGAAAAAGCCCUUGAUGGUAACGCGAUUUCUCUUCGAUAGCACCUUUGGAAAUGGGUAGAGAACAGUAUGGAGAUUAUCUAUACUGAUGAUAAGAUGUAAAAGGUUAAUUCUGUUUUUUUGCUGAAAUAUUUGAAGAGACACGGUCCAGUUCUAGCGGACGAUGAACUUACCACAGUAAGAAAAAACUUGGAAACAAUCAGCGUGGACGUCUCACCAGACCUGGUUAGUAGUUGAUGUGGUUAAUUUUUCUCUGUCUUGGCUAUGACGUCUUUUUGGUGCAUACUUUGAGAAUUUUGAGGCACAUCGAAGCAAUUUUUGUCUAAGUUGUUUAGUUUCAUAUUUAACUACUUUUUAGACAGUGGUAUUUUGUUCUUUUUAUAGCAAAUUUUGUGUUUCUUUCCUUUAUGUAUUUAUUUUUUAAUGAUUUAUUCGUUGAAUUAGUUAUUUAAUUUUUCUAUAUUAUUAUUAUUUUAUAAGGUAACUGAAACUUGGAGCCAGUUGUAUCGGGAGCACUUUUUAAAGCAGGCCCUGGGGAACGUUCAGGAAUGUAGAAAUGCUUUCUACAGAAGAGAUUUGGUCAAGAAUGAGGUACAAGAGGCCUGGUUUCUAUUUCAGUAUUUUUAUACUUCAGGAGAAAUCCUCAUGUAUAAAAGAAGACCGAAAAUGUUGAAAUUUAAUAGUGGACUGACGAAAACUUUGAACUUUAGCCCGCGAGCAGUGCCUCCUUUUUCUUAUGAGCAGCGCCUCAGCACGAGUGUUUCUUCGCUCGCGGGAAAGUGAGAGGCCUGGAGCAAGCGAGCGGCGCGAGGUCAGCUGAGGUGGUAGUUAGCGCCGGACCCCCGGCAAACGUCUCCACUCAAAUCUCCCCGGAGGCGGAAAAACACGCGUCUUGCAGCGUGAACUGUUACACUAAUAAUGAGGACGGCUAUGAUUUGUGGGGGGGGGAAAAAGGUCGCAAGAGUCGAAUACAAUCCUGAUUAAGGGUUUUUAUAUUGAAAGCCUCUGUUUAUUGGUUAGGAAAUCGCACGUAUAUCAAGAAAAACGGAGGUAAGCUGGGGGGUAUGUUUAGGAUAAUAUGACGAAUGUAACUUCGCAGAAGUGUCUUAAAAACAGCGAGAAUAAGGCCUGCAGGAUAAGAACGGUGGGGUCAGGUGAGUCAAAACUCACCAUGUACCAGUCUUGAUGAACGGGGAGGGGGUAGGGUGGGGGGAGGGUCGGAGGAGAUGGAACACGUUGAAGUUCAUUAACAAGCUACAUUUUUCGUCCGUUUUUCUCUUUUUAGCUGGCAUGCAACGACGUGGUCCUAUUUUGGCGAAUCCAGAAGAUGCUACAAACGACAAGUAACGCCAUUAGACAACAAGUAAUGAACCAAUGAAGGUAACUUAGCCAAUAUUGACCUUCCUUUGUGUGGCCCUUACUACCUUUGUAAUAAUUGUACCAAGGGUCGUUUUUGUUCUUCUUAAAUUGACCUCAUCUUCAAAUCUUGUAGCUCGCCGACUGGAGAAAGAGGUGAAACAAGUUCUGGAUGAAAUAAGCUACGAUCAGACAGCUAAAGAGCGACUCAUUCGAGGAAGACAAGUGGAUCUUGCUGAAGAAUUAAGUAAGUGAAUUGUUGUGAGUCGUUCUAAGCUCCUCUUAACUUUUUACACCUUCACAUCAGUAUGCAUAUUCUCCUCACUUUUCUCUGUAUAUUUCCUGUGGUAUUACAAGGAGAAUUUGUCAAACAAUCAAACGCCUCUUUAGUUGGCGAUUAUUUCAAAUACUGUUCCUUGAUGAAAUUUACCCAGACGAAAAAAAUUUUUGGCUAGAAUUCAAACCUUUUGUCUUUAAAACAACGAAAAGAGUGUGAAAUUUCACGAUCCAUUGUAAGAUGUUGUCUAAAAGUCAUAAUUUCAAGUAAUCCUUGUUUCUUUGGUUACACUCUUUACACAUGGCUGGCUUGCCAAUCUCUGCCAUAUUACUCCCCGAGUGAAUAUUUACAUAAUUUCAUUUCACAAUGUUACUGGAUAAACCUGAAGUUAAAUAAACAAUACACAGAACUAGAUUUCAUGUGAUUUGAAAGCCCGAAACCAUUAGCAAAGCAAAACUUUUGACUCAGUUUUUAUUGUUUUUAAAAAUCCAUGCGAACCCAACCAGACGCUUGGGAGCACAAUUUUCUCAGAGUAUUCAAUUGUUGUAUUCUUCACAAACGUAUCAGCUCAAUAUAAUUAAUAUGAAAGCGUUAAUGAUCUGCUAAUGAGUCCAUCGUUCCAAAAUUCUUUUACCUGGUAAAUUUGGACGUGACUUUUGUCGUGUGAAUCUUGAAUUUGCCUUAUGCUCUUUUAAGACUUGUAAGUUUCUCCUCCAAAAUGCGAAACUGUCAAAGACGCCACGUGCUAGGGUGGGUGUUCGGCUCUUUAAUUAGCGAAGGGAAGAGAAAAUUGUCGGAGUAACGUGUGAAAAUUUUGGAAAUCUUUUUAUUUUUCUGUGGUGCCAUUUAGUUCGCUGGGAUAAAUCACACUCCACAAUUCACGGUAUUUUUAUACUCUUUUCGAACCCGGUUAUUUUUUUUAGCAAAUAAAAUCGCAGUCCGGCCAAAUGUGCCGAUUUGCAAACUUAUCACCCCUUACCUCAUCCUCUUUGCUCUCCCGUCGUAGAUGGACACGUGCCACUGAAAUAGCCAACCACAAGAUACAACUCUUCUAAAGUGUCCUAUGUCGGAGGGUGGUAGAACAUCAGAAAAAAGCCCCAGCUAGCUUCGUUUGAUUUUCUCUACGUCUGUGCUCUCUAGAAUCCUUUUUUAUUUUAUUUAAUUUUUCCGCCUCUGUUAUGAUAAUAGUGGUUUACCCCAACUCUAUUAUAAUUUUGAUUUCUUUUUUCCUUUAAAUUUCAGAACAUGUGAGACACAUUCAAGAAAGUCUGGAACAAUUCAUCGAAGCUUUGAACAGCGAGAAGUAGAUUAAAAUUCGAUAGAGUAAUUUUACGGAGUCCAAGUUGCAUAUACCAUACACAACCGAAAAACUUGUAGGUGAUUAAUAAGAUCCAUCGACUUGUUUUUUUUCUUGCUUUUUACUCUGUUAAUGUGUUCUCGUAAGAGAUUUCCUCUCAGGUCCUGUAUCGCAUCCUUGAGUGUAUUGUGAGCAAUACUGAAUGUUUUUCACUGAAAAUGAGCAUAAAAUAAAGAAUUGUGUAUAAAUCGGGUACCAUUUUCCUUUUCCUUGAGGUUUGUACAAUUGAGUUAUUUUGGUUCAUUACGGAAAAGAUUUUUCUAUGUAAAAUUUUGUUAGGUCUGUGAUCCUCUUCUUGCUGAAAUGUCUGAGCAGAGUUUACCCAGGGAUGGGAGGUUUGGGGUUGAUGAGAAGGAUAAGGGACUUAAAACAUCUUGACCACAGUUUUGUUGUCGUCUGUGAUUGUUGUCUUCUUUCAAAAGAAAAACUUUUGUCAGACGUACGGGCUUACUUAAAUUUGUAAUCAAGUGUUAACCGUUUUCAUACCACCUUCAGUUCACAAAGUUGCUAAUAAUUAAUUUGUCUUCGGCUCAAUUUUGGCUGAAUUUGUAGAGGACGCGAAAGAGUUUUAACGUGGCGGGUGAUCAAGGCAAAAACUGAAUAUGUGACGCGUGAAUUUUACAGAAAAGCGAAAGUAAAUCGUGAAUUUGUGAAACAGUUUGAGGCGUUAUAUAACUCCUGAAAUAUACGUGACCCGUG